UUUAAUCUGUUUGAAGGCUGAGAAACUCUAGGAAACAUGAAAGAAACUGCUUGUUUUGGGUGUCAGCUGAGCCUAGUAUCGUCACAACUUGGAGUUUCUUUCGGUUUCUUUGGUUUUCUUCGCUUUCAGAUGAGAUGUUCGCGAGGAGCGAGUACAUGUUUUUGAGUGAGAUCGAUCUCAGCGUCGUCCAUCCAGGCUAUUACGUCAAUGGCAAGUGGAAGGGCCGCAGCAGCUCGAUGGUCACCUCUGUGAAUCCUGUAAACAAUGAGACAAUUGCUGCGGUUACGGAGGGUUCCAUUGAAGAUUAUGAGGAAGGCAUCCAAGCUUGCAGUAAAGCAGCCAAGCUAUGGAUGAAAACUCCGGUAAGUAAGAGAUGCGAGAUUGUUAGACAGAUAGGUGAUGCUUUGAGAGCCAAACUCCAGCUGUUCGGUCGGCUUGUGUCACUUGAGGUGGGAAAGAUAUUAGUGGAAGGAAUUGGGGAGGUUCAGGAAGUUAUUGACAUGUGUGAUUAUGCCGCGGGGUUAAGUGAGAAACUGAAUCUAAAUGCAUCAAUCAGACAUGAGCGUCAAAAUCAUGUAACAUUGCAGGUACGGAAUCCUUUCGGAGUGGUUGGUGUAAUUACACCUUUCAAUUUUCCUUGUGCUGUUCUCGGUCGGAAUGCUUGCAUGGCACUAGUCACUGGUAAUUGUGUUGUCUGGAAAGGUUCUCGAUCAACACCUUUGGUGACCAUUGCAAUUACAAAGUUGGUAGCUGGGGUUUUAAAGAACAACAAUUUACCAGGUGCAAUUUUCACUUCCUUUUGUGGGGGUGCUCCAAUUGGUCAAGCAAUGGCAGAGGAUAAACGCAUACCGCUGGUUUCAUUCACAGGAACUUCCAAGGUGGGGCUAAUGGUUCAACAGAGGGUGAAUGAUAGAUUUGGUAAAUGUUUGCUUGAAUUAAGUGGGAAUAAUGCCAUAACUGUCAUGGGUGAUGCUGAUAUUCCGCUAGUUGUUCAAGCUGUUCUGCUUGAUGCUGUUGGCAUAGCUGGUCAAUGCCGCAUAACAUGUCACAGGCUGUUUAUUCAAGAAACUAUAUAUGAACUAGUAAUUGAGCGACUACUUCUAGAAUACACACUUGUUACCAUUGGCAUGGGAGAUCCAUUAAAGACAGGUACGUUACUUGGGCCAUUACAUACCAAAGCCUUAAAGAGGAACUUCCGGACGGUGAUGCAGAAAAUCAAGUCUCAGGGAGGGAAGGUCUUUAUAGGUGAUGUAGUGAGCUCUGUGGGAAAUUUUGUGCGGCCCACCAUUGUUGAGAUUUCUCCAAAUGCAGAUGUUGUGAAAGAAGAAUUGUUUGUUCCAGUUCUUUAUGCUAUCAAGUUUACGACUUUUGAAGAGGCAAUGCAAAUAAACAACUCCAUCUCCCCAGGAUCAAGUAAUUCUAUCUUCACCCGCAAGCCUCAUCUUGUCGUCCCAGGGAUUAGACAUACUAACAGGUCGCUUGGAAUUGACUGUGGCAUUGUCAAUGUAAACUUACCUACAAGGGGCCGCGGUGGAGCAGGAAGUGACUCAUGGGAACAAUACACGCGGCGCACAAUAUGUACAAUCAACUACGGAGAUGAAUCAUCAUUUUGACAGGAAUCAUUUUUUGCUUGUAGAUAUGCUUAUGGGGCCAACAGCUUCUCUGCAACCCCGGCCAGAGCCACAUUGUCUGCCUUGGUGGUUUCAGUUGUUCUUAAUAGAGCUUUGGCCAGAGAAUUCAUUAGUGUAAAACUGAGUUUGUACUGAUCCCUUCUGUUUCUAAAUAAGAGCCAACAAUAAAACAAAGAAAAAUCACACC